CACCUGAGGCCUAACCAAAGGCUGCCGGAGAAUGUCCCCACAGUCUUUAAAACGUGGCAGACCGCAGCUAACGGCCAAACGCCUCCGGGCUAUUCACAUACCUGGAGAAAACGAUCCCCUCGCGGAGGGGAGCGCAGAGGCCAAAUCAGCUCUUGCCUUCACUUCUGAGCCACACAGCGUGUUCCUACGGCCACCGGCCAAAAUGGCGGUGCCCAGCCACCGCCUCGCGCAUGUCGUAGAGACGGAGUGCGCACGCGCGACGGAGAGCGCUGGGCGGAGCCCUGGAGGGAGGUAAGGCUAGAGGGCGAGACCUGACGUCAUUGUGCCGCGACUCCAAAGGUCCUUGGAGGAGCCGGGCUGUCCAGAGACGCUGAGUGGGAGUGGCGCCGAGCUGGAGGGGAUCCCGAAAAGCUGAGUUGCGGCAAAGCGGGUCUGCAGGCUACUGUUUUGAAAAUGACAACACCAAACAAGACACCUCCUGGUGCUGACCCUAAGCAGUUGGAAAGGACUGGAACAGUACGGGAAAUUGGGUCACAAGCUGUUUGGUCACUCUCAUCUUGCAAACCAGGAUUUGGAGUGGACCAAUUACGAGAUGACAAUCUGGAAACUUAUUGGCAAUCAGAUGGCUCCCAGCCUCAUUUAGUGAACAUCCAAUUCAGAAGAAAAACAACUGUGAAGACAUUAUGUAUUUAUGCAGACUACAAAUCUGAUGAAAGCUAUACUCCAAGCAAGAUCUCAGUCAGAGUAGGAAAUAAUUUUCACAACCUUCAAGAAAUUCGGCAACUUGAAUUGGUGGAACCAAGUGGCUGGAUUCACGUUCCCUUAACUGAUAAUCAUAAGAAGCCAACUCGCACAUUCAUGAUACAGAUUGCUGUUCUAGCCAAUCACCAAAAUGGAAGAGACACCCACAUGAGACAAAUUAAAAUAUACACACCAGUGGAAGAGAGCUCCAUUGGUAAAUUUCCUAGAUGUACAACUAUUGAUUUCAUGAUGUAUCGUUCAAUAAGGUGACCUUAAGAGAGAACAAAAGUCAUUAAACAUAUCUUUGUUUUAUCUUUUCAGUAAAUAUUAUAUCUGGUAUCUCUAUUGAAAAAAGCAUCAGUUAUUUUGCAAUUUUGUAUGCAUUGAAAAGUAUUUUAUUGUAACUUUAAUAAAUAGAUUUUGGGUCAUAUUAUCUUUAUUUUCUUUAACACAUAAUAAAACUCACAUAUUUUACAUUA